AUGAAAGUAUUAGUAUAUGAUCCAAAUGGGAAUGAAUUCUUUUAUGAAUUCAAGAAUGAUAUUCCAUAUCAAUCACAUAUUACACAUUUGUUUCGUAAUUUGUUAGAGUAUAGUAUCGGAAAGGAUUUGGCGAGGUUGACCGAGACAUCGAUCGAAGUGUUGGCAUCACACUAUUCACUUCAAGACUCUAAAACGGCAAAGUGGUUAGAGUCAUCGUCAGACCCCAUCAUUUCAGAGCAAUCUAUACUCUUUUAUAAACUUAAACCACUCACUCCAUACAUUUCAACCAUUGAACAAGGUUUAAAGAAAUUAAACGGCAAUGGUGGUAACAAUAACUCUACAACAUUAUCAAUUAGAGAACACAUUGAAUUACUAUGUGUUGCAAACAAUGGUGAUGAAAUAGAGUCAAGAUUAAAUAGUGAUAUUCAAAGUUUAGAUACUCAUAUUAAACUAUUAUGGAUUCAUGAAAAGAAGAAAUCAGAGUCAAUCUCUAGUCCAACGACAACACCAUCAACUACACCAACUAGUUCUACUACUACCACUCCAUCUACUCCAUUAAAUUCUUCAACUUGUUCAACACCUAGUUUGGCUAUUAGUAGUAGCAGCCAUGGCAGUGGUGGAAGUAAUCUAAUCAUUGGAGGUGACUCUAUCAAUAGAAUCAUCAAGAUUAUCUAUCAGUAUCCAACACUACCAAGUUUGUCUGUAUUGGUUGAUUACCUAUCUGCAAUCAAUCAAGACCAACUACACAAUGUUCAUGACUUGUUAUCAGUUUUAUCUUUAGAUACAAAUAACAACAACAAUAAUGUAUUAUUAAAUGGCGGAAACAUGAACAACAUUAAUCAUAAUAAUAAUAAUGGUGUCAGUGGAGGAAGUAGUAUAAUGAUGAAUAGUCCAGGAGAUAUUUCAUUAUUUACAAUGGUUGAUCAAUCAAUUAAAACAAAUCAAUUGGAAUUUAAAUCAAAUUUUUAUCUUGUACUUUUAAAUAAUCAACAAAAUCUAAAUCAAGUUGGAGUGGAACAUGUGGAAGAAGUUGGCAUAGAGGAAGAAGAAAAAUUGGAAAAGGAAAGAAUUGCGGUUCAAUUAAAGCUGAUUUCAUUUAUCAAUAAUAUGUAUUUACUAUCAUCAAACCCUGUAAACUAUUUAACCAAACUUCAUACAGACGGUAUAUUCAAAGCAAUCAAUGAAUUGAUUAUUUGUAAUUCAAUUAAAAUUACAAAUUCAAAAGAAUUUAAAUUCCUCAGAACCAAUUUAAUGAAAGAAUUAUAUCAACAAAGAAAUCAAUUAAUCGAUACUACGAAAAUUAAUAUUCAAACCAUGUUGAGUGAUUUAUGGAAUGCUACAUUAUCAACGUAUCCAUUUAGAAUUAAAUCACAUCGAUGGUUGUUAUUGGGAUUCCGUGGUACAAAUCCAAUCGAUGAUUUCCGAGUCACUGGAUUAUUGGCAUUACGUAAUUUAUCGUAUUUUGCCAAACACCAUACUUCAACAUUACAAUAUUUAUUAAUGACUCAAACAAGACGUGAAACUCUAUCAAAUGCAUUGGAAUCCAAAUCGACAACAACAACGGAAAUGGAUGAAACAAAUAGUAGUAGUGAAUCACCAUGUGUAACACCUCGUGCAAACACUGGUGGCGGCGAUGAUACAGAAGAACAACCAAAAUCAUAUCCAUUUGCAACAAUUGGUAUUUCAAUUACUCAUACACUAUCAUCAUUAUUUAAAAUUCCAUCUGGGUUAUCAAAAAGUUCAAGUCAUGAAGAUUCAUUACAAUCAUCUGUAGUAACACCUCAACAACAACAACAAUCAAACGUUGAUCAACCACUUUGGGAUAUUUCAAUUAGUUCAAACAAAUGGUUUGAUGAAUGUUAUGUUUAUACAUUAUUUUUAUUCGAAUCUUUAUGGAAUUCAAAAGCUUAUAUUUAUUCUGAUUUCCCUCAAAUUAUGACUUUUACAAAACAAAUAAUUGAACAUAUAAUUAAACAUUCACCAAAAUCAUCAUUGGAAUUUAGAGAUAUGAUUGUUAUGAUUUUAGAAGGUCAUGAACCACUAAACAUUGGUUUAGAGUUGAAUGAUUUAAUGAUUUUAAAAUUCAAACAUUUGGAAUUCCUAAGUGACCUAAAUCAACCAACUAAUGUACCAGUUGCAGUUGAAUCAUUGGCUACUACUACAACAACAUCUACAACUUCUACAACAACUACUACGACAACUUCUACAACUCCACCAUUAAGUCAGGAAGACCAAGAAGAAGAAGAAAAGAGAAGAAGAAAGAUGGAAGAAAAGGUAUAUGAUUUUUCAUGUCAAAAAUUAACCAAAUUCUUUGGAGAAAGAGUUGAUCCUCGUAUUGAUAGUCAUGCAUUCCAAUUUGCUCCACAACCAUCCAAUGUUAGUAUCACUAAAUUGAGAGACUUUUUUGGUGAUACUGUCACACCUGGUGGUCAGUCCAACUCUAACAACAACUCCACCAACAAUACUACUACGAUUGUACCAAUGGCCGAAGAAGAUUUUGAAGAGGAAUGUGAACGGUUACGUAAAAAGGCGGUUGAAAAGCGUAAUCAUCGUCUACACGUAUUCUUUGGUGAAUGGUUUGAAACUGAACAAGUAGAGUAUACUGAGAGAAUCCGGUCAACUCAAAUGUACAAAGAAAGUGAUUAUAUUGAUACAAGUACAAAUAGUAAAACAAGUAAAUCACCAACUUCUCCAACUUCUCCAUCUUCAAAUACAUCAGCGUCAUCUACUUCAUUGCAACAACCAGAUAAUAUUAGAAUCAACAAAUUAAACAAAUUCUUUGGUAUAAGAGUCCCAAUAUCAAAAGAUACAAUGAGACUGGAACAUAAUAUACAUUAUUAUGAUGAUGGUGAUGAUGAUGAUGACGAUGGAUCUCCUAGACACCACGAUGACAAUAUUGAAACUAGAUCACCCGAAGAGGAAAUUAAAAGUAAUUUCAAAGCUCAAAAAGUGUUGGGUGAAAGAAUCAAUAUUAAAAAGGAAAGAGAAGCUGUCAACUUUGCUCCACAACCAACUCAUAUUCGUGAACAUAAACUACACAAAUUAUUUGGUGAAAUGGUUCCAACUCAAAAACAAUCAAAAGAAAAGGAAAAGGAAAAGGAAAAGGAACCAAAAGAGACAAAGGAAAGAUCAUCAUCAAUGUGGAGAAAGGGUACUAGUGCAGGUCAAUCAAAGUAUCAUUCAAGUGUUAUUAUUCCAUUGGCUACUACUCCUCCUCAAAGUCAACAACCAAUACCUCAACCACAGCCACAACCAACACAAACAAUAUCUUCUACUCCUCCACAACAAAAACAACAACAACAACAAACACCACCAGUUGUACCACCUAUUGCUAUUGUUCCAUUUAUUGAUAUUAAUUCAUCGGAUGAACCAUUACCAUUACCAAAGUCACCACAUGUUAACAACAAUCAACAACCAAGUUCAUGUAGAGCAAGUUUGAAUAGUUCGAUUGCUCAAGUUGGUGAUUUGGAUCAUUUCGAAGACAGCCAAGAUGACGACGAUUUACAAUUUGAAGAAUCAGAAGAGAAAAAUAGAGAAAAGGAAAGAAAAGAAGAAGAGAAAAAAGAUGCUUUUGAAGAAGAGGAUGAUGAAGAUGAAUCUGACGACGAAGAAUCUAAUCGAGUUACAAUGAGUCGUCGUAAAUCUUCAGCUCAUCGACUCCAAGUAUUCUUUGGUGAAAGAUUUGAUGUUGAACAAACCAUCUACAAUCAAAAGUUUUUAUCACCUGCCGACAUGUACCAAAAUGUCUCGGUCUCUCCCCAACCCGAUAAUGUCAAAGACUACAAAUUAAAGAAAAAGUUUGGUAAAUCUGCUGUUGACAUGGUUGAUAACAAAGGUCGUCCAAUCCUAACUUCAAGUGGUGAUAAUAAUUUUACAACCAACCAAUCCAACCAGUCUAAUUCUAAUUCCAAUUCCAACUCUGGUAAUAGUAGUAAUAAUAAUAGUAAUCCAACAUCACCAAGAGAUAGAGAAAGAGAAAGAGAAAGAGGUUCAAGUAUUGGAGAAAAACUAUCACCACGUGGUAAAGUUGGUAAAGUUAUCAAUAUAUUUAAUUCUCAUUUAUUGAAGGAUAGAUCUGAUAGUUUAUUAUCAUCAUCUCCACAACAAUCACCAUCAUCAUCAUCAUUUAAAUCAACUUCGCUACCAUCUUCACCAUCAAUCAAUAAGAAGUAUUCAACCAUGUCUCCAUCUUCAUUUGGAAUUAAUAGUAAUAGUAAUAAUAAUGAAACAUCUCCAUCAUCUCCAUCAUCAUCAUCAUCUGCCAAUAAUAGUAUUGUUGUUGUAAAUCCACUUUCACUUUCUUCAUCUUCAAUCCAUUCAACAGAUGGUGCCAAUCUUCCAGUUAUACAUUCCACCUCGAACAAUACUAAUCAUACUUCCAAUGUAUCACCAAAUAGAAGAAAGAGUAAUAGUAUCAUUGGUAAUAAUUUCAAAGUCCAAAAAUUGCUUGGUGAACGAUUGGAUGUUUCAAAAGAGUCGACUCGUGUAACAUUUAAAGAUCAACCAUCCAACAUUAAAGUUGAUAAAUUAAUCUCUAUAUUUGGUGAAAAGGUUUCAUUUUCUCUAAAGAGAACUCAAUCUGCUCAAAGUUUAUUAUCAUCUUCAUUAAAUUAA